UAAUAUUGCUGCUAUUGUCAACCUUUGGCCAUUGCGUUACCACAAUAUGAACGACAAAUCCAAAUAUUCAAGACAGAAAUCUGCUUUCAGUAGAGGAGGGAAAAAUAAAAUUGAUGAUUUGAUGAGUGAACCAGAGAAAUUCCUAUGGCCGGCCAAGAAACAACUCACUCCUCUGGAAGGCGUUCUUAAUCGAAUGCCGGGAUGGAUUGGAGAUCAUUUGAUCAAAUUGGAGCUUCAUGAUAAGGGAUUACGAUAUUACAAAGAAGCACUCGGAAAUGAUCCUCUAAAUCCGGAUUUAUUGUAUAAAAGAGCAAACGCUUAUGCAAAAUGCUUCGACAUGCAGAAAGGAUUGGCAGAUGUUGACAGAAUCGAAAAAAUUGAUCCUGCAAAUGUUAUUGGGAAGGCCCGUAAAAUUGAUUUCUUAUAUUUGAAUGGCGAAUUCGAGAAAUGUUUGAUGAAUAGUUUCAAUAAUUUGAAAAUUCGCAAGCAACCACCAUACUUUGCAUUGGGAUGUCUCACAGCACAGAAUGCAAUAGAGGAUUGCGUAGGAAAAAGAGCCGGACAUCCAUUGCGCGAUUAUUACGAGAUAAUCCGGAAACAGGCUUGGCAGGAAAAUGCAAUGAAGGAGAGAGAUCAACCAAAACAAAGAAAGAGAAAGAGAAAAACGAAGUCUCGUGUGCUAGAAACAGAAACCAACAUCAUAGGUUCCGUUAAGCCGCAAAAGCCAGUGAGACCAUUGAAUGUUUCAUUAGAAGAGGAAGAGGAGGAAGAAGAAGAAGAAAUAGAUGAGGCAAAAAGGAGCAUAUCUGAAAGAGGUUCAGCCACGAAAAAAGAUAUCAACCGUAGGAAAAAAAAGACGGGAUUCAGUGAGAAAAUAAUGAAGAUUCGAAAUAUCCCUCGGAUAACUCAUUUGAAACCCAUCAGUUUGAAAAAGUUCUCAGUCGACAGCAGGGCCGAAAGCACAGCGAGCCUGACAAGUAAUAUUUCUUUCGAAACUGAACUGACCGGAUCUCUGGCGGAUAAAUUUCCUCCCGUGUUCGUGCCGAAAUUAUACUCCUAUCCUUAUCAUCCCCUGCAGAAACGUACAACUAAUAUCGAAAAUUAUCUGGCUUGUUCCUAUUUGGGGGAACUUUUCCAUGAAAAACGAUUCCUGAGUAACAUGCCCAACAACCCAGGAUAUACAGGUAAAAAUGGCGAGGGCAAUCAGGUAUUGGGGAAUCUUACGAAGGAUGGACUAGGAACGCUUGACGGAAUACAGGAAAUAUUACGGACAAGAAGGCCUUUCUAUAAUAUCAAAUACCAGGAGUUUCUUCAUAGAUCAAGGAAAGUGGAAUUAGACAAAAUGAACCUGAUAGAAACCAAGAAGUUAGAUGCAAUAAAAAAACUGAAUCAUUACUUCGCGAAUAUUGCCAAGUACGUUAGAAGGAUGGAUGUACGUCGAAUGAACAAAACAGCAGAUAGUAUGUAUAGGUUUUGUAAGAAUACAAAUAGAGAAAUACUACCAGACAGAAACACGGUACUGUGCAGGUUAUACAAGUUACUGGGUGACGGCACAUUAUUUUCCUAUAGAUUUUUACCAGGAAUGACAGAACAACAAAUGAUAACCAGAGUUAAUUUAGCUCUUGGUUUGCCCAUAGAGAGAAGAAUUUCACAAGAAUCAUUCUACCGAAGGUUCAAGGGAAGGGAACUCAACUGGCUGGACCUCAUUAAUACAUUCGAACAAAGGGUGAGAAUUUGUAAAUAUUCAGAAGAAAUCAUCUGGUUGUACCAUGAGCUUUCGAAAUUCAAUCUUGAACUGAAAAGGUACACCUUGGCUAAGACGUAUUGUGGAAGAUGCAUACAUGAGGCAAGAAAAUGUGAAGAUUUCAAAUGGGCCGUAAAUGGUUACAUGAUGAUGACGAGGAUAGCAGUAUUUCAGAAGAACAAGAACGACGUGCGACGAAAUUUAAGAAUGGCUAUAAACACUGCCAAGAAUAUAAAUAUAAAGGAAUUAGAUGUCUUCUUGCAAACGUGCCUGGGAGUGAUUAACGAAUGGAAAUUCGAGAAAGCGAAGGUGGAAGAAAUAUUCCAUAAACGUCAAGAAACAAUCAUUCAACUUCUGCGUCCAUUUGAGAGGGAAAAAAGGGAGGCAAUUCUGCUCUUCGGCCAGAUGAACGUCAAACCUCCCGAUAGGAGACUUCCGAUUAUUCCAGGAUUCGUGGACACAGACGAGUAUGACGUUAUAGAAAGGUCGAAAGAAGAGAGAAAAAAGAAGAAAACUGUGAGUAAGGCCAGAGGAGUGGAAGCAGAACACCUGAUAUUUGGUUAUCUCGGUCGAUCGCAAAAUCUUGGAAUGGAUUUUUAGAAAAACUUUUUUUUAUUGUUAUACACUUUUUAUAUAUUUAUAUAUGAUACUGUAUUAUAUUAAGUUUAAUACUGUGAUAUAUACACGUGAUUAUAAAGAGAUAUCAAUAACACUGUAUCUAUUGGUUCA